AAGGAAGCGCAAGGCGCCGCCACCGUGGCCUUACAAGUGUUAUAAAAGGUUAUUAUCACUGCGAUUUUGGUGGAGAAGAAACAAACAAGUUACAGAUUUAAAAAAAAAAAAAACCAGUGGAGGAGAUUUUCUCCUUAGUCUUUGGGCUUUCUACACUCAGAUUUAUUCUUGGAAAUAUAAGGGAAUUAUCCAUUGUUUCUUUUGUCUUUUCAUUGGGGAAUAGAAUACUGAGUUUGUAUCUUUUCUACGGUGGAUUAGUUAGACCAAUGGAUUCCCAGACCAAAACAGAGAAUUGCCUUGGAUGGGCUGCUACAGAUCCAACUGGUGUUCUAUCACCAUACAAAUUCAGUCGCAGGCCUCUAGGAAGUGAUGAUGUUUCCAUAAAAAUUACUCAUUGUGGAGUUUGUUAUGCUGAUGUUAUUUGGUCGAGGAAUAUGUUAGGAGAUUCAAUAUAUCCUUUGGUGCCUGGUCAUGAGAUUGCUGGUAUUGUGAAGGAGGUCGGUUCCAAUGUUCAAGGCAUCAAGGUCGGCGAUCAUGUCGGAGUGGGAACUUAUGUCAACUCAUGUAGAAAUUGCGAGUAUUGCAAUGAUGGCGUUGAAGUGCAAUGUGUAAAAGGGCCGGUUUUCACUUUUAAUCAUAUUGAUGUUGAUGGAACAGUCACAAAAGGCGGAUAUUCUAGCCAUAUUGUUGUCCACGAAAGAUACUGCUUCAAAAUACCAAACAACUAUCCAUUGGCUUCAGCAGCACCUCUGCUUUGUGCUGGGAUCACUGUUUAUACACCAAUGAUGCGCUAUAACAUGAACCAACCUGGCAAAUCUUUAGGGGUAAUCGGGCUCGGCGGUCUUGGUCACAUGGCAGUGAAGUUCGGGAAGGCUUUCGGGUUGUCAGUAACAGUUCUUAGCACGAGCACCUCUAAGAAAGAGGAAGCUCUGAGUCUGCUCGGUGCAGACAAUUUUAUUGUCACAUCUGACCAAGAGCAGGUGAAGGGCCUAUCAAAAUCAUUGGACUUUAUAAUCGACACUGCAUCUGGUGAUCAUCCAUUUGAUCCCUACUUGUCUCUCCUCAAGUCUGCUGGUGUUUAUGCCCUCGUUGGGUUCCCGAGUGAAAUCAAAUUUAGCCCUGCAAGCCUUAAUAUGGGUAUGAAAACAUUCGCAGGAAGUGUAACAGGGGGAACUAAAAUGAUUCAAGAAAUGAUAAGUUUUUGUGCUGCUCGUAAAAUAUACCCACAGAUUGAGGUAAUCCCUAUCCAAUACGCCAAUGAAGCUCUUGAAAGGCUGGUAAAGAAAGAUGUUAAGUACCGAUUUGUGAUCGACAUCGAGAACACCCUGAAAUGAGAUCAUGCCAAGAGAAAAUGAAUUUGUUUUCUACAAUAAAUAGCUUUUAGUUCCGCCUAUUGAAGAACAUACGGUGAACGCACAUGUACCAUGACUAGCAUAAAUCUUGGAUGGUGGGCAAUGCACUUAUUAUACAAAUAUUAAGGGAUAUUUGUUGAAAUUUUAGACCUUUUCCUUUCCGUUCUUUCUUGCUCUUUGUAGUAGUCUUUUUGGUGGUAAUAAUUCGUAAAAUAAGUUGAUUUACUACAAUUAUGAAAACUUAUAAAUAA